UUGGGAUCCGAAUACGAAACCCAUCAAAUCCUCUCUCUGCAUUUCCUUUCAAUCUGACGACAAAAUAUCCAGUUGUUCAAAUGGGAGCUCAAUAUUUAGAAACCAAAGAUGAACCGAUCGAGAACUACCGAAUUCUAAAGGUGAAGGAAUCCCUCUCCAAACCCUUCCAAUAUGUAUUGGCAUGUAAGGAAUUGAGUUUUCUUCUGAAAAAUGGAUACUCACAAUUCCCCAAAUAUCUUCAAUCCCUUCUUUUUCACGACACCGUUUUCGCCUUCACCCUCCUCCCCGAGAUGCCGACGCAAUCUGCAAUCUCGGCUGCUAAUUCUCUCCUGCAAAGUGCGGAAUACGCUUUGCCGAAGCAAAAACGAGCGAUUGCGGUUAAGGAGUACAAACACGCCAUUGUUGCCUCUAAGAGAAAGUCCAGGACAAAUCAACACGAUGAAGAUUUGACUCUGCCUCCACAGGAUGUUCUUGUACACAUAUUUAGCUUCUUAGAUGUUCAGUCUCUAGCUUCUGCUUCUGAAGUUUGCCGGUCAUGGAAUAGUGCAGCUUGUGAAAACCAUCUCUGGAAAUCGUUAUAUGUUAUUUACUUUUCCAAUUCCGACGUCGUCACAAAGGGCGGUGGAGUUAAGAAUCAUCGAGUGACGAAGAACGAAGACAAUUCCGGGAUUGGUAUUGACUGGAGACGUGCAUUCAAAUCAUCCUACAAAGAGACUUGUCGUAGGAAAUUUAAAUCUCACAGGGGAUGCUGUUAUAGAUGCCGUUCAAUUGUUUGGAUAAGUAGCAACCAGUGUUGUAAUAAACUCGAUUUAAAAGAUGGCAGCCGACACCAAAUCAAGCUUUUGUCAGCGCCUCAGAUUGUUGAUUAUAUUUUUGGAGGGAUGCCGGUACAAGAAUCUUCUUCAGAUAGUGACAGUGAUAUCGAGGAUGAUUCUUUUCUCAAGCUGUGGGCAUUUCCUAGACAAAUUAGCGGGUAAUCCUAUGACAAAACCAUAAAAACGAAACAAUGGAUACACUACGACUGUUUUUUUGUAUAUCGAUAUAUAGUAGUUCCCUUCCAUGGAUAAAUGUUGUUUUUGUGCAAGGGUGAAUGAUAAUUUUAAGAAUAUUUUGAUGCCAGGGAAUGAAAAUCACUUGCAGUAA